AUGUUCAUCCCCUUCAUGCACCCAAUCUUGUUUCCCGGUGCCACCAGCGACAGGUCCUCAUCUGCCACGUCAGGGAACACAGAUCAGUCCUCCGUUCUGGAUACUGAUAUCAGCUCUCGCGAUGCCUUCGAUUCUACCUUUGCUGAUGACGCUCGGGGCAUGAGGGAGAACCUGACCCCCGCGGUCAUCGGCGUACUCGUCGGUGUCAUCAUCUUCAUCGUCAUCCUGAUCACCUGUUGCUGCUUCUGUUGCUGUACUAUGGGCAAGCGCAAGCAACGACGGAAAGCAGCCGCCGCCGCCGCCGCCGCCGCCAGCCCCCGCCUUGGCCAAACAUCCACAGCCACAUCUACAAUCAACCCCACGACGCAACCGAUGACGAGCGGCCAAGGGAACUGGACGAGCGGCCGCGGACGCGGGAACGGGUUCAAUCUUGGCAAUGGGACAAUGGGUUACAAGUCUGGCGAGCAGCCGCCUCCGGCUUAUUCGCAGUAUGACAAAAACACCACCAACAACAACAACGCACAGUGGUCUGGCGUAACCAGUCCUUCGCCGGCAUAUUUUUCUAGGAGUGGACGUCCAGCGGAACCUUAG